AUGAAAUCCGGUAUUUCCAUGCUUCUGAGCGCCGUCCUGCUGCUGCUGCUCAUCAGCAGCCCGAUCGCGUGCGAGGAGGACUAUCCACCGAACUACCAGCCGGGACCAGACGAGGCUAUCUUCGUGUGUCCACCCAAGUCGGACCCGAAGUCCACCUUCUAUUGCGUCGAUAGCAAAGGCAUUGGUAGGACCACCCCAAACUUGAACUUCAAAUUCCCUAAGCCGGGAGUCCCGGUUUUCAUCUGUCGACAAAAACAAGGCCAUUAUUGUUGCAAGCCCAACGCGGAAUACAAAAAGGAAGCCUGUAAAGAGGCGCUUCCAUUCGACGGAUAA